GGGUCUGUCCUAGGCAGAUCCCAACGGCGACCACGAGCGGACCACGUGAGCCUCCUCCCUGUCCACCUGGCCAGUUCCCCACGUCCAACAGACUCAGAGACCCGCCUGCUGGCCCGAGACCGGCGCCCCGACGACGACGACGACGACGGCGCUGCUCCGCCCGCCAUGGCCUGGCUCCUGACGCUCAGUGUCACCCUGGGUUGCAUCAGCCUCCUCUACCUGCGACUGCCCUGCGUGCUGUCGGGACUGGCACGGCCCAGGCAGCCCCUAGCCCGGACUCCUUCCAGUGGCUUGCCACCCUGGCAACCUGCACCCCAGCCUAUGUUCCGGAAGCUUCACCAGGCUCCCCAGCCACAGAAGAAGGCUCCCCAGCCGCAGAAGAGGGCCAGCCUGGCCCCCAUGGUGGGUCAGCCUCUCCAGCAUGGUGGCCCACGCCACUCACGUCUCCAGAGACACUUGGGACCCCGAAGGCCCCAUGCCCAGCUCCUGAGAGUCGGCUGUGUGCUGGGCACGUGCCAGGUACAGAACCUCAGCCAUCGUCUGUGGCAGCUCGUAGGGCCGGCCGGCCGGCGGAACUCAGCACCCGUGGACCCCAGCAGCCCGCACAGCUAUGGCUGAAGUGCAUUCCAGCCGUACUUCUUCCCAUCCUGUCCCAGCUGGUCGCCAUACCCUCAUCCCAGAGCUGCGGCUGAGGCCCCUACCCGGGCCCCAUCCCCCAGUGCUCCUACAGCCAGCAGGUCCCACGGCAACUCUAUCCACGCCUUGCUGGAGACAUAAACCCACUCUGUGCAGACAUAGUCAGUUUACAUGCAGCAUCUGCACCUGUAGAACUGUGCACACUCAAUGAGCAGUGUGGGGAAUGACUGCAGUAUCAGAUGCCAAAAGGGUUUCGGGGGAGGGUCUGUGCGGCAGGCAGAAAGGAAACCAGGGUCCUGAAUGCACGGGUCCAUCAGGACAGAGCGGGGCUGAAUGGCCCCGUGUGGCUCCUCCCAACCAUGGUCCCAGGGUUGCUGCUGUCCUGUGUGGCUUGCCCGUCUGCGGAUAUGCCUCAUCCAGGGCCCACAGACUAUCUCUGACUGAGACCUGACAUAGGAGGGGUAACAAGGAAGAUUGUUAAGGAGAGGAAAGAAACCUCCACAAUUGGAAUUGGCAACCCUGGGAUACAGGACAAAACGGUGAUAGAAACCCCACCAAAGUCUCUUGUAAGCAAUUGGUGAGAAAGCAUAGGGCUUCAGGGGCGUUCUAGGGCAGAGCAGCGACACCUCUUCCUACCUUAAGGGUAGAGCAGGGGUUGGGUGAGAGCAAGAUCCCCCAGCUUAACUAGGUCCUCCAAGACCCAUCCCCAAGCCGGCAGAGUGGUGUACGAUUGAAACCUACUUGGGAGACUAAGGUAGGGAAAUGGGGAGGUUAAAGGACAGCUUGGAUAACUAGCAAGUUUCAGGGCAACCUGGUUUACAUAGCUAUAGAGUUGGACCCUGUACACAC